AUGGAUUUUGAAGAUGUUAUGGAAAAAAUUGGAUUUGGCAAAUACAACAUAUGCCUGCUACUAACAUGUUGUUUGCUGAUAAUGGGGAUGUACAUCGACAUAUUUGGCGUCUCUGUGGUGCUCCCCUAUAUGACGUGUGAUUUGUCGCUCACUUCGUCGCAGCAAGGUCUUUUGUCUGCGAUUCCAUUAGUGGGUGUAAUGGUAUCGUCGUAUGGCUGGGGACUGUCUGCAGACAUUAUUGGACGUAAAAGAACACUCGUCAUUGCCACUCCGAUCAGCGUGGUAUUUAGUAUAGCUGCGAGUCUUGCCCCUAGUUUUAUUUCGUUUGCUGUUCUCAAGAUUCUUUCAGCUGGUUUCUCAUCCUCUGCCAAUGCCGCUGGGUUUGUUUUGGUGGGAGAAAGUGUGCCAGCGCGAUACAGGAGUAAAUGCACGUUCCUGACAGCAAGCUCAACACUUCUAGUAAACUUCAUUAUAAGUGGCUUGGCCCUACCAAUAUUUCAAAUGACAUUAAACGUGGAGUUGUUGCCAGCUAUAAAUUUACGCUACCGUCCCUGGAGGCUACUUUUGCAAAUUAUAACGCUGCCAGCCAUCAUUGGAUGUCUUGGUAUGUUUGCCAUAAAGGAAAGUCCAAAACUUCUCCUCAGCAAAGGCAAGGAACCAUCUGCUAUCGAAGUCUUACAGUCAAUGUAUGCUUCUAAUCAUGGAUCAAAAUGUCUCUCAGUAACAUCAAUUUCUCUAAGUGAGUCUUUAACAGCUGCAACGUCCAGCCGUGAUUGCUCAUACAUACAAACUAUUUGGAAUCAAACUGCCCCUUUAUUCAAGCCACCACUAUUAAAGAAUUCAGUCAUUCUUUACUAUAUUCUACUAUGUUCCUUUAUGACAUCAACUGGCUUUACAAUGUGGAUGCCCACUGUGAUCAAUGCCUACUUCAGUGGUGACAACAAUGACGGCAAGACGUUUUGCGCUGUUGCAAGCACUGCUGUCGUAUCUGCUAAUCAGACAGUUGAAUGCGACAAUAUCGUUCAGCCAAUGACACUGUACAUUACAAUGGUAAAUUCUGGUUUAACAACAAUUCUAAACAUAAUACUGACAUUCCUUGUCGGCCCUCUCGGGAAGAAAACAACUACAGUUCUCGUAUUAAUAGUAUCAAUAGCUGCUGGAAUACUAUUGCUUUUGGUGCGGCAACAGUUAAUAAGUAUUGGGUUGUUCUUCAUUUUUCUCUUUGUUGUUCUUGUCUUGGGCAAUAUUAAUAUCUAUUUGGUGGAACUUAAUCCAACACACCUGAGGGGUAUGGCGACAUCUCUGUCGGUUGUUGUGGCUCGUGGCUUCGGCUUCAUCAGUGUUCAGAUUAUUGGCUCCCUUCUGCAGAGCCAUUGCACCUCCAUGAUAACUGGCUAUAUCAUUCUUAUAACAAGUGGUCUUAUCGUGGCGUUCUUUCUUCCACAAGACAAAAAUAAGUCUCAAUUUGGUGUAUCAUAAUAAUGACGAUGCUUAGAAAUAUUCCAUGAGGACAGCGAAGCAAUGCAAAAUGUACCUACUCAAUUCACACAUUAAACUUAUAUAUAUUAAAUAACACAUAUAAAAAUUAAGGAGCUUAAAAAAAAUAAAAGGGUAAUUCCCUCUGCAUCUCAAAAAGAUUGUUAUGGACACCUGCAUUCUGCCAAUUCUCACAUGCAGCUAUCAAACGUGGACAUACAAUACAAAAAUAAAAACAAAACUAGCGACCUACCAGAAAGCGAUGGAAAGGAGUAUGUUGAAAAUCAGAAAAAUUUAAAAGAUUAGAAGUGACAGAAUCAAGAAAAGGACAAAACUGAUAGAUGAUCUUGAGUACGCUGUAACACAAAAGCGGUGCUGGGCAGGUCAUUCUUGGACAAAAGACGGACAGAAACGACAAUUUGGGAAGGACCAACUGGCAAAAGGAAAAGAGGCCGCCCAAGAAACAGAUGGAUAGAUGAAAUAUUAAAAAUGGCAGGAAAAGAAUGGAGAGGAAAAGCACGAAGAGGGAUACAUUGAGUAAGCUGGAGAAUGCCUAUACCCAAGGUGGGAUUCCAAUAACAUAACUUUUAUGUUAUACGUGUAGUCUUAAGAUAAUAUUAUGUAUUCGAAGAUUGUUGGAGUCAAUAAGAGGCUUAUUAUUAUUAUUAUAAUUUACACAUUUGACAUUGGACGGUAAUAAAUCAA